AGGGUGUGAGCAGAGUGACUGACAGACUCAAUUGCUGACUCAAUCUCCUUUGCUGUUCGCUUGAGUGUCUGCCGUCGUUCAGAAGUUCGUCCUCAGUGCAGGUCAACAGCUGUUAAAAUCAUGUCUUCUUUUCUGCAUCACUGCCCAUUCCUGAAGUCCACUCCUGGCCCUUCUUUAAGAAAUGUGGCAGCUUGCCUCGGCUUGGCUGACCGAUGUCCGAUCAUUGUCCGCCAGAUCUCUGUAAAAGCCACCCAAUCCUCUGAGGGAAAUGGCCUGCUUCCUCACAAGGAGCCAAAGCGACAGCUGGCGACCACAGCGACUCAGGUGGCGAUCUCCAUGUCCCAAAGCUGUCCUUUCGUUUCCUCGAAGAUUGGACUGGUCAAGGCAAGUCCUCAAGUACAAGAGGAUGUUCAGCCUAAUCUGAAUCAAGACACCACAUCAGGUUUAAUGAGCUCGAUGUUCAGUGGCUUGCAAAGUCAUCAGUCCACUGGUCCUACACACCUUCUUCAGGACAAUUUUGCCACAGCCAGUUUCAACUACGAUGACUUCUUCACUCAGAAGAUUGUGGAAAAGAUGAAUGACCAUACCUACCGCAUCUUUAAGACGGUGAACCGUUUUGCAGAGGUUUUCCCGUUUGCUGAGGACUACUCCAUCCCUGGACGUUUGGGUUCCCAGGUGUCUGUAUGGUGCAGUAAUGAUUACCUGGGCAUGAGCCGACAUCCCAAAGUUGUCAAGGCCAUAAGAGAGGCUUUGGAGAGGCAUGGUGCUGGAGCAGGUGGAACCCGAAAUAUCUCUGGGACGAGUAACUAUCACGUGGCCCUGGAGAGUGAGCUGGCCCGUUUACACCUGAAAGAUGGAGCACUAGUCUUUUCUUCCUGCUUUGUUGCCAAUGAUUCCACCCUCUUUACUUUGGCUAAAAUGCUCCCAGGCUGUGAGAUUUACUCAGACAUGGGCAAUCACGCCUCCAUGAUCCAGGGCAUCCGGAACAGUGGGGCUAAACGUUUCAUUUUCCGACACAAUGAUGCCGGUCACCUGGAGGAACUACUCAGCCGCUCAGACCCACUCACACCCAAAAUUGUGGCUUUUGAGACUGUGCAUUCAAUGGAUGGUGCAAUUUGCCCUCUAGAAGAACUGUGUGACGUAGCACACAAAUAUGGUGCUCUGACUUUUGUGGAUGAAGUCCAUGCUGUCGGACUGUAUGGGGCUCAUGGAGCAGGUGUAGGAGAGAGAGACAACAUCAUGCACAAGAUCGAUAUUGUCUCUGGAACUCUAGGUAAGACACAUACAGUCAAUGUCAAGUGCAUGAUUUUAUCCAGUACUACUGUAGUCACCUGUGUUCUUGCCCUAAUCCUUUUCAUCAAGAUGGUUACAUUGUUUGAAAUAUCUGUAGGCAAGGCAUUUGGAUGUGUGGGAGGGUACAUAGCCAGCACUGCCGCCCUGGUGGACACUGUGCGAUCAUAUGCCGCUGGGUUUAUCUUCACUACCUCCUUGCCUCCCAUGGUGCUGGCGGGGGCUCUGGAAUCGGUGCGAGUGCUGAAGAGCGCUGAAGGCCAGGCCUUGCGUAGAGCCCAUCAGAGAAACGUCAAACUCAUGAGACAGCUGCUGCUGGACGCUGGGCUGCCUGUGGUCAACUGCCCCAGCCACAUCAUUCCUAUACGGGUUGGAAAUGCAGAGAAGAACUCCAAGGUGUGCGACGUUCUGUUGGAGAAACACAACAUCUAUGUGCAGGCCAUAAAUUACCCGACGGUGCCUCGUGGGGAGGAGCUACUGCGGUUGGCUCCUUCCCCUUUCCACAACCCCGUUAUGAUGAACUACUUUGUAGAGAAACUGUUGGAUGUCUGGCAAGAGGUUGGACUACCACUGAAUGGACCGGCUAUGGCCUCAUGCACCUUCUGUGAUCGGCCUCUCCAUUUUGACCUCAUGAGCGAGUGGGAGAAGUCCUACUUUGGGAACAUGGAGCCUAGGUACAUCACUGUGGCUGCACAGUGAAUGAGUUUCAACACACCAAGAUGAAGAUCUGAUUAAUCAGAUUUGAUUGAAUCUCCUCCGAUCUAGAAUAUUUUCAUGGUAUCUAAGCUAAAGGUAAAGAGUGCUCAAAAUGUCCUAAAUCAUUUAAAGCAAUGUUUGUGGCAAAAUUAGUAUUUCUGUAUUGUUUGCUGUGACUGUUAAUGAUGCAAGAAGAAUUUGUUUUCACAUAUACAUAAAAGUGUACCACUAAAAUGAGAUAUUAAGACUUGGCUGAAUUUCCCAUUAACUGUGUGUACCCUCUGUAUGACGGCAAACCUGCACACGGCCACUUUUUGGUAGUUUACUAUUAUUAAAUGUAUGAAUGUCAAUCAUGGUUUUCAAUAAUACCCCAAUAUGUGAUUAUAUGUAGGCUAAUGUUUACUAACAGCUACAUUAAGACUCUGCCACAUGUCCCUUUUCUUGUUUUGGACCAUUUUAUUCUCUUGUACUCAAAUUCAUGAAUUUAAAAAUUCAAUAAAUAUUAUCAGUUCCAAUAAAAUGGCUCUGAUAACUACUUAAAACCACU